AUGUCACAUUUCUUUAAGGAGGACAGCACAGAAGAGAAGAAGGUUUUCACCAAGAAACUGCCCAAAAAACAGAAAAAUAAGGAUGAGUUUGAUAUAAGGCACCUUCCAACAAACGAGAAGCAAAAAUUUAAUUUCAUUUCCACGUAUUUAAAGCAAAAUAAACAGAUUGAUGAUGAUUUAAUCGACGAACUGCUAGGAAUAGAGAGGCUACCGCGCACUCUCAAAAACAAGCUGAUGAAAAUGAAGGUGGACGUAGAAGAAGAGGAGAAGGAGAAUUGGGUGGUUGAAAAAAAGGUUGAUGAUACGGUAGAUUUUGACCAAAUGAUCGGCAAUUUGAUGGAGAAGGACUUAGCUGAGGGAAUAAAAGGAUUGCAGGAGGCUGAAGUAUCGCUGGGAAUAGAUGGCUUUAGAUUUGUGGAUGAAAACAAGGAAAAUGAUAGGCUGCUGGUGAAUAAAGAAAAAAUAUUGAAGGCCAAAUUGGGUCUGUACAACAAGAACAUCAUGGAAACGUCGUACGAUGCGUACAAAACAACAUUACAGGAUUACAUAAAGGUUAAUGAGCUGCUGUCGAAGGACGGAAAUAUCGUUUUCUAUGUAAAAAUGCUUCUAAGGAUAAAGCACGACAGGCUAGACAUGAUAAAGUUUUUGAGCACAAUAACAGAGGCGCGCAAGAUCUACCAGGACCAAUUAUUCUUUUAUUCCUCUGGACCAGGUUCGAAGAAGGAAAUAUUGCGGAUUGAUGGGCAGGGUGACAGCGAUGCAUUCUAUGAGUCCCUUGAUGAGGAAUACAAACUGGUCUACCUUCUGCGUACAGACUAUGACAGGGCGAUUCAGUACUUUUAUGAUAAAGAAAAUGCUGAUGUGCAAUACAACGAUAAAAUAUUGAAAGAGUUUGCCGUUCUUUCCUUUCAAAGAGAAGAUUUAAAGGUAGCUGACAAUCUUAUCACACGAAUUUCUGCAAAAGAAGACGAUCUUGAUGACAUUAUUGUAGUGCUUGAAAUAUUAGGGAUUAGAAAACCGAAAAUUCUCAAAGACAAAUUUGUGAUACUUGAAAAGAAUGAGCUGAUGCUGAAGUCAAAGAAUAGAAGAAUGGAACUCAUGAGGGCGUAUUUUAUGUGCGUAAACUGGAAUUUUGAUGAAUGCUCCAAAAUUAUCAAAGACGAGAUGGGGAUUAACUGCUACGACAUUGUCAAAGAGCGGUAUUGUAAUGUUGACUAAUGCGAUCGGUAGAUAUCGUAUUUGUGACGCAUUUGUGGAGUUGUUUUUGGCUGUCUAGUAAAGAUAGUUGCUUGUUCACUCUGAUUUCGUUUAUUUUUCAACAUAUCGGUUUUGUUGCAGA